UAAUAUCAUGUGACAAGUAUUAAUUAAUGUGUUCCUUGAUGUGUAUGCUUAUAAUUCAUGUAAAUUUCACUGAUAGAACUACGCACCAAAAAGUUUGAGAACCACUGAGUUCGAGCAUUGUCAGCAAAGUUUAAUUAAUUUAAUUUUUCUCGGUAAUAAGCAGAUGCCUUUCUUCAGGGCUCCGUUCUCUCCUUCGUUGGCAUUUUUAACUCCAAAUUAUGGAUCUAAAGCUGUAAAUAUUAAGGACAAUAAUGUGCUAUUUUUUGGUGGUGGAUGUAAUAAAUUCAGAGAUUCAGUCGUUAUUUAUAACGUUCCAAAAAACUCGUAUCAAAAAUUCGCAUUAAAUAAGGAACAAUUCAACUUCGAUUAUACUGGAUCAUAUGUCGAAGAGAAUCAAUUCUCAGGCUUAGCUGCUUUUGAUAUGGCUUAUAUAGAAAGGAAUGAUAUAGUCUUGAUUUAUGGAGGAAUAACAGGAGAUUAUGGAUUUUCAGAUACACUUUAUGUACUAGAAAAUUAUGCUGAAUUAAAAAUCAUCCAGACAAUUGGAGACAUUCCAAGUCCUCGAAUUGGACAUACAUUCACAAAAAUAAAUGAUAGCGAAAUUUUACUUUUUGGUGGCGUUGAGAAUACAUGUACCAUGCGCUAUGAAAUGAUUCCAAAAUACUUGAAUGAUAUUUAUAUCCUGCAUAUUGACGAAGACUACUAUCGUUGGGAAAAGAUUAAAGAACAGAAUUUUGAGGAACCAUGUCCAAGAGAAUCACAUACUUCAAUUCUUUACAAAAACCAACUAAUCGUUUAUGGUGGAAUGAAUGGAAAAAGGAGAUUAAAUGAUAUCUGGAUGUUAGAUCUUGAUUCUUUUUCAUGGAUAAAAUUAACUACAACUGGAACUAUUCCACUCGCGAGAUCAAUGCAUACAGCAACGCUUGUUGAUAAUGAAAUGUACAUUUUUGGUGGGUUUGUUCAUGAAAAAUCAAAAAGUUGGAAGUGCACAAGUAGCAUUCAAUGCUUAGAUUUAGAAUCAUAUAAAUGGAAAAAUUUCCCAACAGGUAAUAAACCUAAUCCUCGAGCUGGACAUGCUGCAAUCGAACAUUUUGGAAGAAUUCAUAUUUGGUCAGGAAGAGAUGAUAAUGAGUUUGAUGAGACACUUCCAAUUAAAUGCCAUAAUGAUCUCUGGUAUUUUGAGACAAAAAAACCGUUAAAAGUAACUGAUGUAAAUGUUAUAAAAUGUGACAGGAAAUCUUUCACCCUCGAGUGGUCAGCAUCAACAAAUGCAGUAUUGUAUGUCAUUGAAUUGAAAGAAUUUUGGGAGUCAAAAGUAGAGCUCAAAGACGAGCCAAUGAUUGUCGAGCAAGAAGAGAUAGUAAUUAUUCAGGAUCAUCCAACAAACAUUGUUGUUGAAAAGGCUGAAAAACAUGAAACAGUCACCAGCAAAAAGCCAAAAAUUAUUAUUCAUGAAAAUAUCCUAUUAACACCACCAUAUACAAUAGACACUGAUCACUUGUUUAAUGAUUCAUCUUCUGAGAGAUAUGAAAUUGUAAAUCUUGUACCUGACAAUCAAACUAUUAACAUAGAUCAAAUGGAUGGAGUAUCGGAACUAGCUGAAUCUGAAAGCACAGACUCUGAAUUAGAGACAUAUUUGGCAUCAUUAAGUAAGGAUAAGAAUAUCCGUAAAAAUUGCUGGUACCUUGUUGGAAUCUUCAAAAAUAAUUUCUGCAAAAUUAAGAACUACAACUCGCACAUCCUAAACAAGCUAACAUUAAAGGCUGACUGUAUUCCAAAUUUAAUUGGAUCUAAGCUGGUUUCUAUUGAACCGAAUAGAACAUAUUUCGUUCGAGUUGGAGCAUUAAAUUCCAUUGGACUGUCGGAUAUGAGUGAUCCAGUCACAGUUAAAACAAAACAAGACGAGCCAAUAUAUAAUUUAGAAUUGAUGAGUUUCAAUGACUAUUACACCUUAAAAUGGAAUACAACAUUUGCUGAUGUUGAGUUUCUAGUUUCAUUUGACAUUAAGACAGAACAGUACUCAAACUCUGUGACUAUAUAUAAAGGAAUAGACUGCCAAUGUGAUAUUUCGAAGAAAUUGCUGGAAAAUACAAUAAUGUCCAAUGAAUUUACGAUGAGUAUUUGCGCAAUUGCUCCCGAUGGACAAAUUCUUCAUGGAACUGAAUUGCAAUGUAGCUUGUAAAGGAUGUGAACUUCUACAUGAAAUAAAAUAUUAUCAAAUUAACGUUUUUUGAUCUUUUAAAUUUUGAAAACCAUUCAACAGCCAAGAGCUCUGAAAACUUACAAAUGUUA